AUGGUUAAUGAAAUUUAUGCCAACCUCCAUCUUCAAUUUGGAAAUAUUGAAUACCUUCGGGACAAGGCCAUAUUAACACCGCGUAAUGAGCAUGUAGAGCAGGUUAAUUUGGCUGUUGUGGAAAAGUUACAUGGGGAAGUAAAACUCUAUCAUAGCUGUGAUAGUGUUUGUAAAGGCUCUUCAAAUGGUGAUGCUGACGAAGUUCUAUACCUGGCAAAAUAUCUGAACUCUUUUAAAUUUAGCGGCAUCCCGAAUCAUGAGAUUCGCUUUAAAGUUGGUGCCCCAUUAAUGUUGUUGUGUAACAUCAAUGCGAAAAAGGGUUUAUGUAAUGGCACUCGCCUCAUUGUUACCCAAUGUUAUCCUUUCCUCAUUGAGGCGUUGAUCAUCACAGGUAACAGGAUUGGAGAAACAGCUUAUAUCCCAAGGAUAAACAUGAGCCCUGCUGAAAAAACACUUCCAUUUGUAUUGAAAAGAAAGCAAUUCCUGGUUGCUGUUUGCUACGCAAUGACAAUCAACAAAAGCCAAGGACAAACGGUUCAGAAUGUCGGGCUAUUUCUACUAGAUCUAGUUUUCAGUCACGGUCAGAUCUAUGUAGCUGUUUCAAGAGUAACCUCGCCUAAUGGUUUGAGGAUUGUUACUGUUGACAAAAAGGAAUUCUCCGCCGGCUAUACCAAGAAUAUUGUGUAUCGCGAAAUUUCUGAUAACAUAGCUUAG